AUGAAAGACUUGUGCUUCAACGGGAUCAGUGGUGAAGCUCAGGAGCUCUUCUCUGUCCGCCAUGGUCCAGUUCGAGCUGCACGGAUUUUACCAGCUCCACAAAUCAGUGCUCAGAAAUGCGAUAAUUUUUCUGAGAAGCGGCCUCUUCUUGGUGUGUGCAAAAGCAUUGGAUCUUCUGGCACAAGCCCGCCUUACUGCUGUGUAGACCUUUAUUCUUUGCGAACAGGAGAGAUGGUUAAGUCCAUACAGUUCAAAACUCCUAUUUAUGAUCUGCAUUGCAAUAAAAGGAUACUUGUUGUAGUCCUGCAAGAGAAAAUUGCCGCCUUUGACAGCUGUACUUUCACCAAAAAAUUCUUCGUUACAAGCUGCUAUCCUUGUCCAGGGCCAAACAUGAACCCUAUUGCUCUUGGAAGCCGUUGGCUUGCUUACGCAGAAAAUAAGCUGAUCCGAUGCCAUCAAUCCCGUGGUGGAGCCUGUGGAGACAACAUUCAGUCUUACACUGCCACAGUCAUUAGUGCUGCCAAAACGAUAAAGACUGGACUUACAAUGGUUGGGAAGGUAGUUACGCAGCUGACGGGGACGCUGCCUUCAGGAGCAACUGAAGAAGAAAUUUUAGCUCACAGCAACAUUCGUCGAAGUCCUCUGGUGCCUGGAAUCAUCACUAUCAUAGAUACAGAGACAGUUGCAGAAGGGCAGGUACUUGUCAGUGAGGACUCUGAUAGCGAUGGUAUUGUGGCCCACUUCCCUGCACAUGAAAAGCCUAUUUGCUGCAUGGCUUUUAACCCUAGUG